CAAAAUGCACUUCAGGACACUGACGUUGUGAGGGACGACGGAAAUGGCGUGAAGAAGAGGAGGAUGAGAGAGUUGAGGUCUCGGGGGAUCAAGAAGAUCAAGAGGUCUCACAAGAAGAACUAUCUUACCAGAGGCAGAAGGUUGAAGAUCUUGUACAAGCACGACAGCAUUGUUCUCCCGGCAGACCACGACGUCUCCAUCCAGGAAUUCCUCGCGUCGAAGCACCAUGAAUCAGCCCUUGUGUUGGUGGAUGAUGGUAGUCGAUUCAUCGCGACUCCGCACCAGAAGCGCCACCUUGAAGUCAUCCUAGAGUGUAUCGCUGGUGAUUUCUCCGACCUGCCGAGUUCUCCGCCUCCUGCCCCCAUCAAGAUCCUCGUCUCCCGAGCUCAUCAGGCUGGCCCAUGCCCGAUGCUGCAGCCUGAGUUCAGCAUACCUGACAGUGACAGGCGGUCGCUGCUUGCAAGCUCAGCAGUCGCCUGUGCCUCAACAGAGGAAGCCAAGUGCUUGAAGGACGUCUUGAUCUUCAGCCUCCUUGCUGCAGGAUUCUCUACAGGGGCGGUUCUGAUCAGUUUGUAUGUGAACGGAGGUGACAGGCUGGUCAUACUCCUCGGCGUCUUGAUCCUUUUACUCUCCUGUAUGCUAUUCUUUCAGACUCAAGUUUUGUCAAGAUUCCUCCCUUUGGGGCGUUGCCACGUUUUUUCAUCAGUUCCUCUCCAGCACAAGGGGAAGUUGGGCCGUGUGGCUUGUCAGGAGCUAGAGGUGGUAUAGCCCCUUCGUUGUAGCUGCAAUCAUUGUUUCCCCGACGCCUUUGUUAAAACUUGUGCAC